ACACUCCACCAUAUAAGAACCACCACCACCUGAUUCUCUUCUCACACAAACUCUCUUUUCCCAACAAUGGCUUCCAACGCUAAACCCUCCGGCGGCCUCAACGGCGCCUACUAUGGCCCAUCAAUCCCCCCCACCCGAACCCACCGGAGCGUCGGUGGCCGCUCCUCCGCCUGCUGCUGCGACCCCUGCGGCUGCCUCCUCUGCUCUCUUUUCAAACUCAUCUUCUCCAUCAUCAUCACUCUCGGCAUCAUCGUUCUCAUCUUAUGGCUCGUCUUCCGCCCCAACGAACUCAAAGUCGCCGUAGAGGACGCCAAGCUAACCUCUUUCGAUCUCAGCAACUCCUCCAACCUCAACUACAAUCUCUCCCUUUCUAUCAGUAUCCGAAACCCUAACCGCCGGAUCUCCAUCUACUACGACCAAAUCGAAGCCGUGGCGCUGUACGACGGCAGUCGGUUCGGCUACGAUGGAUCGCUUCCGGUUUUCUUUCAGGGGCACAAGAACACGACGGUGAUUUCGCCGAGAUUCGGAGGGCAGGCGGUGUCCCUCGGAGCGGUGAGCGGGACUUACGAGAGGGAGAAGAAAGAGGGGAAUUUCUAUGUUGAUGUGAAAUUGAACGCGAGGAUUAGGUUGAAGGUGAAGUUUGUGAAGGUGGGGCAUUUCAAGCCGAAGUUCGACUGCAAGCUGAAGCUCCCCGUGCCGCCGGCAAAGGGUGGAUCGCCGGCGACGGUGUUUGAGCGGACUGAGUGUGAUGUUGAUUGGAUCUAAACAUGGGUUUUUAGGAGAUUUCGUAUUUUUAUUCUAUUUAGUUUAUUGCUUUUGAGUUGAUUUUUGUUAUUGUCUUGUUUUAAUAUUUCAGGUCAGGUUUGGUGGCUGUGGGACCCAUUGUGUAGUUGUAUAUUAAUUAAAAAUUAUUUAUUUAUUUAUUUUUGUGGA